CCCGGCGGAAGACAGUUUGUUUUGAAGCCGCGGAGCUGUGUCCAACGUGCGGCUACACUUCUCUCAUGUGCUCUGUAAAAGUCCCAGCAACAGACAUAAUGUUAACCAUGGACAGCCAGGUGGAAAACAGCGACAAAGAAGAAGAGCUGAAAGCGAGCAAAAGAAAGAUAUCUCUUUGCAAAUGUGGAGUGUGUGGAUCAGAGGAGGCGAAGUACAGAUGUCCUGCCUGCCUGGCCCACUCCUGCAGCUUGCUGUGCGUGAAGAAACAUAAGCAAGAUUCGGGAUGCAAUGGAAUUAGAAAUAAAUCUGCCUUUGUGACCCUCUCACAUUUUGAUGAAAUGACACUUCUAAAUGACUACAGACUCCUGGAGGACACAGGACGCUUUGCAGACGGUGCCACCAGAGACAAGCUCAUCCAGACUCCUCGCUCCACUUUAAAAGCAAAGAAGCUGGCAGCCCACGCCAGAAAGGUGAACAUCACACUGAGGUUCCUCCCCAUCACCUUCACUAAGAGCAAAGAAAACUCCACGAUCUUCAUCACAAAAGAGAAAUUUUUCCUGUGGCACCUGAAGCUCAUCUUUCCACAGAGCAGCACCGAGUUCAGUCAGAAAAGGGUGUCCGACAGGCAAACCUUGGAGCAGAUCUUGACGCCUUAUAUCCACCCUACAGAGUCGGACCCUGUCACACGUCAAAAGUUGAAGAUGUAUGUGCAAACUCCGCAUGAUCAGGUCAAAAUCUUCAUGAAAGCAGAGGGGAGAAAGGCCAACUCUGUGAGGUACCAUCACUUGGACAUUAACAAGACCCUAAAGGACAACCUGAGCUUCAAAACAAUGAUUGAGUAUCCUGUGCUGCAUGUUGUACUCAGAGACCAUUGGAAGGAGUAUCCACUGAAAGGACCAGCUGAACCCGCAUCAGCCUGCAAUAGUUUCGCAGCGAAGAGGGAACGGGCGGAUCGAGAGGAGGAAGAUGUGAUCCGAGUUUCACCAAGCAACAUCUGGACAGAAACCCCAGACACCAACCCUGAAACUGAAGCCCCACAAGUGAAAAGGGCCAAGAGAGAAGCAGGGAAUGAAGAUGUAGAGGAGGGAGAAAUCCCAGACAGUAGUGAUGAAGAGGAGGAGGAAGGAACAAUUGAAGACAAUACCCCAUGUGGUAGGAGCUGUGAUGAUGCCAAAAGCCCUGCUAAUAACAUGGAGAUGAUUAAUGACAGGGAGGACUUAAAUGUUAACGAUGGUAUUAAUAAACACAGUGACAGCAGCAGGGAUCUGUGUAUUAAUGAGGUUACUGAUGACAAUUGAGCUGUCAGAGAAGAGUGCUGAGGUCAGCAUGACUAAGGAGGAUGCUGUGAAAGAGCCUGUUCAUACCCAUCAGUGUCAGGAGGAAAAUUAGUCAGCUAAUGCUGCUGUCAGCUGUGGACUGAAAUGAUAAUGCCCAGAUGUUCAGGGUGAAAUGAGCGAGGACGCAGACAUAUCUGACAGGAAGUCAUCAACCUUGUGUCAGUGUACGGCAGACUAUUGCCACCAGACAGUGUUUUCAGUUGUUUUUAGAUACCACUUUAUAAUUGUGUAUAUGGAAUCAUUUCAAUGUUUUUUAUUUAGGUUUACCUUAUUUGUCUAGAACCAUAAUUUCUUAAAUAAAGACAUUUUUUGGAAA